GCGCCGCGGACAAAGAAGCGGACGAAGAGGAGGGCACGGCCGCCGCCGCCACCGCCGAGGACACGGAGGACGAGGAGCAGAACAAACAUAUCCUGCCGCUCUCUGCGCACCCACCGCCGAUUGAAGUGUCAGCCAGUCAGCAGGAUUUCUUCAAGAUGCUGGACGAAAAGAUUGAAAGGGGAAGGGACUACGACUCAUCCAGCGAGUCAGAGUUGCGGCUCGAGCAUGAAAGGAGAAGGAAUCUCCUAGAGAAAUGGCGGUCUGCAUCUCAGUCCACGUCCUCGCAGUCACAGCCCAGCCCGCCCACUCCGGCCAGGAGACGAGUGCCUCGACCAGUGCCUCAGCCACCAGAACGACAGAGCAGCCCCGGCUCCGUCAGAAGGUGCUACCGACAACAACACGUCCCAGACGGCAUGUCCCCGCCUCCAAGAAGAGCACACAGCGCCCAAUCCCACCACCCUCCUGAACCCAGACCAGUCAAUGGAGACAACAACUGGCACGACCCCACAAAAUCACCAGUCAAAAGACCACACAGCGCAGGUUCCAACUGGAAAAACAACCCCAAAGUGGCCCCGUACAACCAAAAGCCAAAGAAGAACGAAGCAAACGAAAACCAAAGAUCUAUCCAAAAAGACGCAGACAUGACUGGCUCUGGGCAGGAUAUCUCCCAGAUAACAUAUAACCCAACAUUCCAAACGCAUAGUCCGGCCCAUUCGGCGAAGUCUCAACAACCGUACAUAGCACAAAUCAUAAGCUACCCCAUGUCUCAGCAAGUGCCUCCGCAAUCACCUCCAAAAUACAUAGCACCGCCUGAAGAGUAUCAGGAUCCUCAAAAUAACGUCCCUGAUAAUAAAUUUACUAAUGCUGCCGGUAGACAAACUCCUGUCACUCAGGUUAACACGCAGUCCCAUAUUUAUUACAUACACGGCAAUUCGUCCACAACAGUCAAUCAAGACUUGGUUCAGCAACGACAGCAGACGGCUAUACACCUGCAGCAGUACGUCGCGAUGAAGCAAGCUCAGCAGCAGAUGUACACCUAUUUGCAGAGAACUCCGCAUACAGUGUUCCCGAAUGUUGAUUUCACUCAGACGCAGAAUCCUAACCGAGUGUACGAGAGCAGCGAAGAGUUCGUUCCUCAGUAUGGACAUCCGGCGAUGAGGCCUCACAGCGCGCCGACUCCAGUGGGUGUCGUGAGACCUAUGCCGAUGGCGCCAGGUUUCAACGCCAUGCCAGAUGGCUCUCACAUGAUGCCGAUGCCGAUGUGGUCUCACAUGCCGCCGGUGGUGUCCACGAUGGGUCCCUGGGUGCCCGGGCAGGUGCCGCAUGACAUGCAGUACUACCCUCAGUCCCAGUUUGUGCCUAUGUAUCGUCCGAACUCGGCGGGGUCCGCCGGGACUCUGACGAGGUAUCAUAAGAAGGAGGGCGACGGUGAGGGGAAAGGUAACGUGUGCCAAAGCAUAAAUCUAGUCAGACAGAAGCAGGUCGGGCAGAUUGUGUCCCUGCCGGGACAAGAACUGACGAUCUGCAACAACAUGAGCGACAGUCCCAGUCCAGCCUCCGUAAGCACAGACAGCGGAGUGUCCCCAGGCAAUAGUGUGCCCAGUUCGAAAAACUCCGUAUUUAGCACUCCGACCAGCGGAACUGACACCUUUAGCAAUGCUCUAGAUACAAAAAAUAAGAAAAACAAAACGGUACCCUUCAACACUAGAUCUUUAAAGAAUUCUAAAAGUCUAGAUUCUUAGUGAAGUUUGUAAUUAUGUAGAUUUUCUAAAUGUAUGUAGCGUCUAGACUAGACAGAACUAAAAUAGUGAAAUUAGAUUCCAAAGUGCUUAUCUUUGUAUUAAUGUGAUUUCAUCGGACGUUUUUUAAGACUCGGUGUAAAGUUCGAUGUAGUUAACUAUAAAUAAUAAUAAACUUGUCAUCAUUGGUAAAUGUGAUCCGAUGAUGUAAUACGUUAAUUUAUUUUCUAUGAACGUGUCAUUUACUUUGAGAAACGGGUAAUUUAGUUACGUAUGAGUAUUUUGUAAUGUACGUCUAAUUUGAAACUUAAAUCGAUCUAAAUGUAUGUUUAGAUAAAGACGUAUUUAUAUAAAUUAAAUGGUACCUCUAAGUACUGAAGAUGCAUUUUAAAUUAUUCAAUAAUAAUGAUUAUGAACACA